AUGCUAGGCUCCCAUCCUCCCAGCCAAAGUAGUUCCCCAUGGGAUCAUGCAGAGCCUUCUACUUCUAACAACAACUACCGGCUUCCUCUCCCAGCCCAACAUCCAGCGAUCCCACCCAUCCCGUACAUGCGAUUUCCAGGAAACGGCUACGACUUCAGGAGACCAAUAAUGGCGACGACAUCAGCCCCUACAUUUUCUCCUCCACCUCUUCCUCAUCAGCAAAACAUCAUCGAUUUGACCGAUGAGCCCGAUAACCCUCUGUCAGACCAGCCUCCCAGAACCCCCCCAAGACAACGACCAGGACGCAUUGCACGUCCACCUCGAUUUGGAAGAAAUAUAAUGGCAGAUGUUGUUGAUUUGGAGGCAGGUUCAUCUAGUACAAACGAGCCACAACAGUUUUCAAGCCCAGAAGUACAAUUUCUAGGUACUACAGUCCGCCCUCCACUAACCCGGUCAAAUGACAUUGCCCCUCUAAAUCGAGAAGGCCCCCCACCCUUGAGAGGUUCAAGCCUUAUGGACAUGAUUAGGAGGAUUCGAGGAAAUGGGCCUCCGUCAUAUUUUCGCAGGCAGGAUGCUCUUCGAGAAGAGAUCGGGCUUAGAACCCGCAACCUGGCCAGAGCAUAUCCUACCAACAUAGCACCGUUUUGGGUCGGAGAACGGCCCCAGGUUGACAUAGAUGAAGAUUUUCCUGUCGAGUUAGAUUACACAGCGGCAGGAAUUACGCCUGGAGAGACACAACAGUCACCUGCUUAUACGGCACCUGAAGCACCUCCACCAGGGUUUACAAGGACUGUUGGGGAGUCUGAGGUUGUCGUUUGUCCAAAUUGCGAUCAUGAACUAGGCACUGGCGGUGAUCUACAGCGGCAGAUAUGGGUGGCUAAACCAUGUGGACACGUCUACUGCGGCCAAUGUACGAGAAACCGAGCGAUGUCAAGAAAACGGUCAGACAACACCAGCCCGUCAAAAACGAAACCAUUUUCAAAAUGCGUCGUUCCAGACUGUGGCAAGCCGAUAAGCCAACCACGCGCGAUGUUUCAAAUCUAUCUCUAA